AUUUCCCCGCAUAAGAGUGGACGCCACAAGAGUGGACGCCACACCUGAAGCGCGCCAGCUCAGUUUCCAACUACUUGCUGUUCAAUUGCAUUCUUCGCCAUAAUGGCUCGGCUACUCAUCAAGCGCGUGCUUUAAUACUCACACUGCCUACUGGAAGGGUUGACGGGGGUUACCUUGCUGACCAACCCUCGCGGGCUCUUCCCAUCGGCGACAGCUGCCAUGACUGCCUCUGGAGCCGUCGCGCUCGCCGAUUAUGACAUGAUCAUGCGGGGCAUCGGUGCAGGGCACGUCAUUCUGGCAAUCCUUUACUUCAAGCAUGCGACCGCCCGCGCAGAAAAGUCAGCUACUGGCCGACUUGUUGCAGCACUAUUUACAUUGCAGCAUGUGGGUGCUGUGGCGACCAUUCUGGUGGCAAUUUCAGCUGGUGGGGCAAAAGAUUGGGGCGCCACCUCGCUCGCCCUGCACGGGACCUGGGGCUUUGGCAUGCUGCUCACAGAAGGCCUGCAAAAUAUUCUUGCGGGACUGAUAGGGUCUAUCUAGCCCUGGAUGCUAUCUGUCGCGCCAAGUCGAAAUCUA